UAUCGAAGUUGUGGCUACGAGCGGGGCGCGAGAACUUUAGAACAGAGGGUGGAAAGAAUUCAAUAUUAACCGGGAAAGUUGAGCAUGCCGCUUUCGGUAUUCAUGGAGGUUGAAACUUCGCUAAAACUCGGGAAGUGACUUGCGGCAACGCUCUGUAAUCAUCAUUUGGUGGGGGUCAUUCCACUCUGUCGCUAGUGGGAAAAAGAAGCUACCUCUAAUUCAGACCUCCUCGUCAUUGUUGGUGCUUGGCGCUCUGUGCUUCCGGCAUUCAUGGAGGGCUUGCAGAAUGCUCUAAACGACCGUGGGUUAACGGUUACUAUUCUGCCGGAGAAGGGCCGGAGCCUCUUCACCACCAGGAAUUUUCAUCCGGGAGAAGAAAUAAUUAGCCAAGAACCUUAUGUUUGCGUCCCCAACAACUCGACAGUUGAGUCCAGAUGUGACCGAUGUUUCGCAUCAAUAAACCUUAAGAAAUGCUCAGCUUGCAAAGUUGCAUGGUAUUGCAGUAGUAUGUGCCAGAAGUCGGAGUGGAAGUUGCAUCGUCUUGAAUGUGAUGCUCUUGCAAGGCUCGACAAGGAUAGGCAUAAAUCUGUUACUCCAUCUAUAAGGUUGAUUAUCAAACUCUUCAUUCGAAGAAAACUGCAAAGUGAAAAGGUCAUACCUACGACCGCAACAGACAAUUAUAAAUUGGUGGAGGCACUAAUAGAUCACAUGUCUGGCAUAGAUGAAAAACAAUUGGUGUUGUAUGCUCAGAUGGGAACUCUUGUGAAUUUUAUCCUGCAGUGGCCAGAAAUGAACGUAAAAGAAAUAGCACGACACUUCUCCAAGCUUGCAUGUAAUGCACAUACCAUAUGUGACAGUGAACUUAGACCCUUGGGUACUGGACUAUAUCCUGUAAUCUCCAUUAUAAACCAUAGCUGCUUGGCCAAUGCUGUUUUGGUAUUCGAGGGAAGAUCUGCUGUGGUCCGUGCAGUGCAACAUAUACCCGCAGGUGCUGAGGUGUCGAUCAGUUACAUCGAAACUGCUGGAAGCACUAUGACUCGGCAGAAAGCUCUUAAAGAAAACUACUUAUUCACUUGCACAUGCUCUCGAUGCGUUAAAGAUCAAGAAGAUGAAAUCAAAGAAAGUGCAAUUUUGGAAGGAUACAGGUGCAAAAAUGACCAAUGUGAUGGUUUCCUGCUUCGUAAUUCUGAUGACACUGGAUUCACAUGCCAACAAUGUGGGCUUGUUCGAAAUAAGGAAGAGAUAAAAAAUAUUGCUAGUCAAAUAAAAUCAAUAUCAGAUGAAGCUUCUACUUCUAUGUUUCACCAAAAUUGUGGAGAAGCUUUAUUUAUGUAUGAAAAACUUGAGGAACUCCAAAAAAUAUUAUGCCAUCCUUGUUCCAUUAGUUUGAUGCAAACUCGAGAAAAGCUUCUCAAGAUUUCGAUGGAGCUAGAGAAUUGGACAAAAGCUCUACUAUACUGUAAACUGACAAUUUCAGUUUAUCAAAAACUAUACCCUGGGAUCCAUCCAUUGCUUGGCUUGCAGUUCUAUACUUGUGGGAAAUUGGAAUGGCUACUUGGGUAUACAGAGGAUGCUGUAAAAUCGUAUACCAAGGCAUUCGAUAUACUGCGAAUUACUCAUGGAACUAAUUCAAGUUUCAUGAAGGACCUGCUGCUAAAGUUGGAAGAAGCUCGUGCUGAAGCUUCUUAUAAACACUCGUCUAUGGAGGACGAGUAGACCCGCCAUUACUUUUAAGGGGUGAACACUUCUCGAAAUACCUUCUGGUUUCGGGUUUGAGAUUUGCAGAGAAAGAUUUGGACUCGGCAGAACUAACUUUUUGUAUACAGACAGAAAUAACGCUGUUCUUUUGUUGUUAUUUUAUUUAUAAAUAGAUUUCAUUUUCAUGUUUUGCCAAAUGUAAGUUCAUCACGAUCGACUAUUACAAUGCAAAAGUUGAAAGGAACCGUCCUCACUUUUAGAACAGAGAUGAUGUUGAGGAUUGUUGGAA